AAAAAUACUGAAUUAUCAAAUGGCAAAACACUAUAUGGAAGAAAUGCGAGAGGCAGCCAUAGGCUACUACAACAACUUAAAGCCGGAGCUUCAACGUCAAGCUCACAGGUUUUUCCGGUCGAUGGACCGGAACGGCGAUGGCCGGGUAAACUACAACGAGUUCAUUUAUUUCCUGAACCAGAGGGGGUAUCACUGGGUUCAUCCCAACAUGUUUUUGGAACUCGACAAAAAUCGAGACGGCGCACUGGAUUUCUACGAAGUUCUGACAUUCUAUUACAUCGUCAAGACUAGGAAUGUUUGGUGUCAGAAUUGCAGGUUGUGGCUCAAAGGUCUGUACUUCACGUGCGUCACUUGCUUUGAUGAUUCUGCUCGGGGCGGCGCCGGCGGUACUUGCGAUCUCUGCGUGCGGUGCUAUCAGCAGCGAGCGGUGCAUCGCUACCAUAGCCACCAUGACAUUUUCGUCGACAACUACACGCUGCUCCACUGUAAAAGAUCGUCUUCUCAUCAUGCGCCUGCUGCUAAUGUCAAUCUCCAGGUAAUUAAUGCACAACCAGAACAAGAAGAAGCUUCAUCUCGGAGG